UCUGCAACUCUCACUUUUUAGUCCCUGGCAGCGGAGGGAUGUUCCCAGGAGGGAGGUUACACCCCAGCUAAACAUUUUCACCUUGGAAAGUUUAGGAGUCAGGCGGAUUAACUUCUUCUCGGAGAGAUUGUGAAUGGGGAGCAUUUGGGCAGACUUUUGCGCAUCCAGUUGAGUGGCACACGGUUAGGUGUUUUAAAAGAAAACUUUGUCUUUGCAAGUGUCACAACCAAAUCCUCAUUUUCUUUCUUUUCUUCAAUGGCAAGGGAGCGUUUUUAAGGAGAUUCUGACUGAUCGAGUCUCUUGAGAGAAACUUUUGUAAACUUCUGUAACAGCGGACUUAAUUUAAUUUCGGCUUCCAUCACUUUUUUUUUUUUUUUUUAAUUCUACCACACAGUCUUACGGCCUCUGUUGACCUUUUUCGGGAUCUCUACUUCCACAGCGUCUUCUCUCCCCCGCGGAUAUUCAAUUAACUUCGGGUUGGAAGUAAUUUCAGUGGAUAUCAUGCCUCCGACCGGGCCGGAGAGACGGGCUGCGCUCUGCCGGGUUUGGGCUCUGGUUUUCGCGCUGCUGGUGUGCGUUGCAUCGGUGAAUGGAUGCCCACACAAGUGCAGCUGCUCCGGGUCGCAUGUGGACUGCCAGGGUCUGGGUUUGAAGACUGUGCCUAAAGGAGUACCGAGGAAUGCCGAGCGCCUGGAUUUGAACAGAAACAACAUCACCAGAAUCACUAAAGUGGACUUCUCUGGCAUCAAGAACCUCAGGAUUCUUCAUCUGGAGGACAACCAAAUCAGUGUUAUCGAGAGAGGAGCCUUCCAGGACCUCAGGCUGCUGGAGAGACUUCGUCUGAACAGAAACAAACUCCAGUUUCUCCCAGAGCUUCUCUUCCAGUCCAACCCCAAACUAGGAAGGCUAGACCUCAGUGAGAACCAGAUUCAGGCAGUUCCAAGGAAAGCUUUCAGAGGAAUCACCAGUGUCAAGAACCUGCAACUGGACAGCAACCACAUCAGCUGCAUCGAAGAUGGAGCUUUCCGAGCGCUGCGCGAUCUGGAGAUACUCACCCUCAACAACAAUAACAUCACCCUCAUCCCCCUGUCCAGCUUCAACCACAUGCCCAAGCUGCGGACUCUUCGUCUGCACUCGAACAACCUCCACUGUGACUGUCACCUGUCCUGGCUCUCUGAUUGGCUCAGAGCCAGACGGGGCUUGGCUCCCUUCACCCAGUGCAUGGCACCCGCCCACAUGAGGGGCCUCAAUGUCCCUGAUGUGCAGAAGAAGGAUUUUGUCUGCAAUGGUCCAGCCCAGACAGAGUCGAGGACUUGUGUUCCACAGGUGGCUGUGUGUCCACCCAGCUGCACCUGUAACAACAACAUAGUGGACUGUCGUCGCAAAGGCCUCACUGAAAUACCAGCCAACCUCCCUGAGGGCAUUGUGGAAAUUCGUUUGGAGCAGAACUUGAUUAAAAGUGUCCCAGCAGGAGCCUUUACUGCUUACAAGAAGCUCAAGAGGAUUGACUUGAGUAAGAACCAGAUUUCUGACAUUGCUGCUGAUGCUUUCAGUGGCCUUCGCUCACUCACUUCACUGGUGCUGUAUGGCAACAAGAUCACUGAGUUGCCCAGGGGAUUGUUUGAUGGACUGGUUUCCCUGCAGCUGCUGCUGCUGAAUGCCAACAAAAUUAACUGUUUGAGAGUCAACACCUUCCAAGACCUACAGAACCUCAACCUGCUUUCACUGUACGACAACAAGCUGCAAACUAUCAGCAAAGGACUGUUCACCCCUCUGCGCUCAAUCAAGACUCUUCAUCUGGCCCAGAAUCCCUUUAUGUGUGACUGUCACCUGAAGUGGCUGGCUGACUACCUGUUUGACAAUCCCAUUGAGACCAGUGGAGCACGCUGCAGUCACCCCAGAAGACUGGCAAACAAACGAAUCAGCCAGGUUAAAGGCAAGAAGUUCAGGUGCACAGGUCAGGAGGACUAUCGUAGCCGUCUGAGUGGCGAGUGUUUCCAGGACCUGGUGUGUCCAGAGAAAUGUCGCUGUGAAGGCACUGUGGUCGACUGUUCCAAUCUCAAACUGACCCGUAUACCUCCACACAUCCCUGAACACACCACAGACCUGCGGUUAAACGACAAUGAGAUUGCCGUCCUGGAGGCUGCAGGGACGUUUAAGAAGCUGCCCAACUUGAAGAAGAUCAACCUGAGCAACAACAAGUUGAGGGAUAUUCGCGAGUCUGCAUUUGAUGGAGCUGGUGGGGUUCUGGAGCUUCUACUGACAGGAAACAAGCUAACGGGACUGCAGGGACGAAUGUUCAGAGGCCUCACUGGCCUGAAAACUCUAAUGCUGCGGAGCAACCAGAUAAGCUGCAUUGACAACACCACGUUUACGGGUCUCAGCUCUGUGCGUCUGCUGUCACUGUACGACAACAGGAUCUCCAGCAUCGCCCCAGGAGCUUUCUCCACCCUGCACUCCCUGUCCACCAUUAACCUCCUGUCCAACCCGUAUGUGUGUGAUUGUCAUUUGGCCUGGCUGGGUCAGUGGCUAAAGAAGACCAGGGUGGUCAGUGGAAACCCUCGCUGUCAGAAGCCAGCCUUUCUGAAGGAGAUCCCCAUCCAGGACGUGGCUACCCCUGACUUUACAUGUGACGGUGCUGAGGAUAAUGGCUGUCUUCCUGCGUCUGGUUGUCCUGACGUUUGCACGUGCUCAGACGGCGUGGUGCGAUGCAGCAACAGAGGGCUGCACUCUCUGCCCAAGGGCAUUCCCAAGGACACCACAGAGCUUUACCUGGAGGGUAAUAUGCUUACAUCUGUGCCCAAGGAGCUGGCAUCCCUGAAGCAGCUGUCACUGGUGGACCUGAGCAACAACAGCAUCAGUACACUGGCCCCGUACACCUUCAGCAACAUGACUCAACUAGCCACUCUCAUCCUGAGUUAUAACCAGAUUCGCUGUAUCCCAGUCCAUGCCUUCGACGGGCUCAAGUCACUUCGCCUGCUGACUCUCCAUGGUAAUGACCUUUCAACUAUCCCAGAAGGAGCUUUCAACCACCUCACCUCUCUGUCCCACCUGGCUCUUGGUGCCAAUCCCUUGUACUGUAACUGUGACCUGCGCUGGCUCUCUCAGUGGGUCAAGGCUGGCUUUAAAGAGCCUGGCAUUGCUCGUUGUACUGGACCUCCUGACAUGGCUGAUAGGCUACUGCUCACCACACCUCUCAACAGAUUUCAGUGUAAAGGUCCUGUAGAUAUCAGCCUGAUGUCAAAGUGCGCCCCCUGCCUGGCAGCGCCAUGCCAAAACAACGGUACCUGUGUCUCUGAAAUCACUGGAUCCUACCACUGCACCUGUCCAUAUGGAUUCAAGGGUCAGAACUGUGAAAUACCCAUCAAUGCCUGUAUUAGUUUCCCCUGCUCUAAUGGAGGAACCUGCCACAUUCAGCCUGGCCAGGAAGACCACUUCAGCUGUGUGUGUCCGCCCGGUUUCGAAGGCCAACGUUGUGAGAUAAACCCAGACGACUGUGAAGACAACGACUGUGAGAACAACUCUACCUGCAUCGAUGGAGUCAACAACUACACCUGUGUCUGUCCACCCAACUACACAGGUGACCUCUGUGAGGAGGUGGUUGACCCUUGUCUCCAUGGUUUCGACCCCUGUCAGCAUGACUCAAAGUGCAUACAUGUUGGCCGCAGUUACAGGUGCGAGUGUUUACCAGGCUAUGUGGGCCAACACUGCGAGCAGGACUAUAAUGACUGUCUGGAGAACAAGUGUCAACACGGAGCAGAGUGUGUUGACGCUGUCAACGGCUAUACCUGCGUCUGUAAAGAGGGUUUCAGCGGGCUGUUCUGUGAGAAUCCUCCGCCAAUGAUCUUGCUGCAGACCAGCCCCUGUGACCAAUCAGAUUGCCAGAACAGCGCCCAGUGCCUUGUGGUUGCCGGGGAGCCCGUCUGCCGCUGCAUGCCCGGUUUCUACGGCAACAAAUGUGACAAGAUGGCUACCGUUCACUUCCUGGGUCGCGCUGGGUACGUGGAGCUGCCAGGCGCGAAGCUUCGCCCCACCGCUCACAUUUCAUUACAGGUGGCCACAGAUAAAGACAACGGUAUUUUAUUGUAUAAGGAGGACCAUGACCCCCUGGCACUGGAGCUUUACCAGGGACACAUACGACUCAUCUAUGACAUUGCCAACUACCCUCCAACCACUGUGUAUAGCGUGGAGUCGGUGAAUGAUGGGCUUUUCCACACAGUCGAGCUGCUGAUUCAGAACCGUUCUCUGAGCCUGGUGGUGGAUAACGGAGCCCCCAAGAGCCUGGGCAAGCUAGCACGCCAACCGUCUGUUGACCACAACACUCAGCUUUACAUAGGAGGUGUACCAUCCGAGGUGGUGGCUUCAGGUCUACGUCCAGGCCCUGAACGUUCUCCUCAGGCUUUUAAUGGCUGCAUUCACAAUGUCCGAAUUAACGGGGAGCCUCAAGAUCUGAGUUACAGAGCCACAGGCGGAGGGCGAACACAAGGAGUCGAGGGCAAGGGUGAUGGUAUUCUUGCAGGGUGUCAUACCUGCAGUGUGUGUGCACAGGGUGCAUGCAGGGAGGGAGGAGAGACGGGGGUAACAUGUGACUGUCCUCCAGGACGUAGCGGGGCCCUGUGUGACCAGACGACAACACCAAACCCCUGUCAGAACAGCAGAUGUGUUCAUGGUCUGUGUGUGCCAAAGGGUCAGUCCUACAGUUGCCAGUGUAGUGAAGGCUACCAGGGUCAGUAUUGUGAUCGACGACAGGAGCCUGCGGCCUGCAGGGGGCAUCGCUGCGGACAUGGGGAGUGUCGUGUGUCAGAUGGAGGAGAUCCAGUCUGCCACUGUCAGCCCAGGUACACCGGACCAUCCUGUGAAACAGAGUUGACGUGUCAGGGGGAGAUGGUGAGGGAGCAGCUCAAGCGCCACCAACCCAUGAGAACAUGCACGUCCACCAGCAAGAUUCCACGCAUGGAUUGUCCUCGAUCGUGCCAGUCCGCAGCGCCCCCCGGUGUUUGCUGUGGCGUCACCAAGAGCAGGAGGAGGAAGGUGGUUUUCCGCUGCACUGACGGCACCUCGUACUCAGAGGAGAUGGAAACUGCUCUGGAAUGUGGCUGCUCCAAGUGCCCAUUGUAACAGCACCGCAGUUUGUUCGUUUGUUUUGCAACACCCACCGCUGCCAUUUUGUGAAUUCUACACAUCAACGAGGCUGUCGCUCUGAGAGUUUUCCACAUUGAUGAGCACCAUCAUUAUGUGAUUUUUUUUUUUCCACAUUCAGUUUGACCGCUGCCAAUUUGCUGCCAAGAGAAACCACAAACAAAAAUGGGACAUGUGUGCGUGUUUUUGACAGAGAGAAAAUAUAUUGUAAGAUAUAAGUGAGAAAAACAUAGAACUUAUUUUUAUUAUGUUUUUUUUUUAAAAAAAUGAUAAAAGGACUGAUGAGUUUUUUAAUAUGUUGAUUAUAUAAUGUGUUACAUAGUAUAAAAAAGUUAUUUUGUACCUUGUAAGAAGAAAAAGUACACCACAAAAUAGAUUAACAUUCCUUAAAAGUAUAUGAAUUUAUAUGUAUGUAUAAAUCUAUAUAAAUAUAUACCCUAACUCAAUGAAUUUUAUAUUUUCUAAGUGUAUUUGCAUGAUGUUAAUGUGAGUGCUGAUGUGUGGGAGGCUUUGGACACUGAGAGAAGGGGUCUGAAGAGAAGAGCUCCGUUGAUUCCACAAUAAAGCAAAAGGGGGCAGUCUUUUGUCGCCCUCUCUCUUGGAGGCUGAAAGGGAACUGUGCCUAGCUAACCUGCUUCACUAUAUAAUGGACAUCAUCCUCACAUGUGAGUUUUUUGAGAAAACAUAAAAGACUCUUUCCACAGAGAUGAUUUAACAGUUUGUUUUUGGGUUUUUUUUGCUAAUGUGUUAUUCUGUAGUUUGCUGUUGCACACCAGACUUGGAGCCACAUGAGGUUUGACAUGAAAAUCUGAAAAGGCAUUUGCUAUUCAUUAGGAGUUCCCAUUCAACUCAGCAAUAGUGAAAUACAGCAUCAGGCUCAGUCUAUGCCUAAUAGCUACUGAGAUUUAAAUCUUGUUUUAAAACAGAAACCAAGGCAAUCCCAGAUGAGUCAUGAGAGCUCACAGUUUCAGGUGAAAACAGGAAGAAAAUUUUAGACCACCCAUUCAGAUAACAAAGACUGUGAAAGUCUGUUUUUGUUUAUUUUUUUUAAGAGUAACUUUUUUCCAGUUUCUCUCCUAUUUCAAGUGUGCAUCACUGCUGGGUGUAGUUGGGUGUGGUCAGAAGUGUGCUCUGUUGCACCUGCAACCGACCCCAACAGUGAUGUCACAGUGUACUGACACACCCUAGAGUACACACAUACACUAUCAUACAUACAUAUCACUGCACCAAUAUGAGAUGCUAAACCACUGGAGUGAACACAGCAAAAACACAAAUUUCUGCUGGUUUAAGUUGCUCUUUGAAUGGCUGCUCAACAUGGCCUGGUUUUCUGACUGGGUGGGGAAGCUGUUCUGAAUAAAGCCAUUACACCAAAGUCAGCCCUAUUUGCCUUAACAAAGAAAUAUGUCAGAAAUGAUGGACUGAAAUUGUUGAUUUAUACAUGCUAAAGUGCCUACGUGUACUUAUGUUGAAAUUCAGAAAUGGUUCUGCGG